AUGUUCAUCGGAGGAUUGAAUUGGGAAACAACAGACCAAUCCCUCAAGGAAUACUUUUCCCAGUUUGGAGAAGUCCAUGAAUGCACUGUUAUGCGAGAUGGUGCUUCUGGCCGAUCGAGAGGUUUCGGCUUCCUUACAUUCACUGAUCCAAAGACCGUGAACACAGUAAUGAUUGACCCUAAACGCGCAAUCCCUCGAGAUGAACAGGAGCGGACCAGUAAAAUAUUUGUGGGCGGAGUGAGCCAGGAAGCCACUGAGCAAGAGUUCAAGCAGUUUUUCAUGCAGUUCGGCCGCGUUGUAGAUGCAACCCUCAUGAUCGACAAAGAUACUGGGCGACCUCGAGGUUUUGGAUUCGUGACGUUUGAUAGCGAAGCCGCCGUGGAAGCAACACUUUCAGUGCCAUUGGAAAUACAUGGAAAGGCAAUUGAAGUGAAAAAGGCCCAACCCCGCGGGAAUCUGAGGGAUGAUGAGGAAAGCCGCCGAUUGGGCAAACGCGGGUUCCGUGACGAUCGGUUUAAGGACGACCGGGGUAGCGGAUCUGAUUCAGGACAGCAGCAGAAUUCUCAGAACCAAACAAAUAUGGCGGGCGGCAUGACGCCUCAAAUGAUGGCACAAUACUGGCAACGGAUGCAACAAUACUUUGCGUUGAUGCAACAGCAAAUGGCUUCCGCUCAAGCACAAGGAAUGAACCCAGCGAUGGGAGGCAUGAACCCUGCCUUGCUCCAACAAAUGCAGCAGAUGCAGCAGAUGCAACAGAUGCAACAAAUGAAGCAGCAGCCAGGGCCCCAACAAGGAGGAAUGAGCCCUCCUUCUCAAACACCGCCCAAUGGACAGGGGAUGCAAGGAAUGAUGAACCCAAUGCAACAAAUGCAGAUGCAGCAGAUGCAACAGAUGAAUCAAAUGCCGAAUCAAAACCAAGCAGGGCCCGGUUUCCCAGGUGGUAUGGGUGGCCAGAUGGCUGGGAAUAUGCCCGGGGCCGUUGCAGGAGGGCCAGGAGGCGCCGGUACGGCCGGCAACCCUGGAAUGGGUGGAAACUUUGGCAAUAACAGAAAUGGCCCUGGAUACAAUGCCCAAGAACAAAUUGCGUUUGAACAGCAGAAGUAUGAACAACAACAACAAGCUCGACGGGUAGCCGAUCCUCGGGCAUAUCCCUACCAACAGGGUAACCAAUCCUCAUGGGAGGGAAUGUACGAUGAUACACCACAGCCCAACCUACCAACCGGUCCUCAAGGCAUGGGCCGUGCUGGUAGUGCUGGAGGCCCAAUGGGGCGAGGGAUGUCUCCGAAUGUGGGAAAUAAGCCUCCGCAACCUGUUGCAUCACCGCAGCCACAGAGCGCGCCUCCCGCCAAUGCUCCUACGGGUCCUCGAAAUGCGGGAAGGCCCGGAGCUAACUAUCGCGGCGGAGGCCGUGGAGCGCACCGAGGAUUUCACCCUUACUCCCGUGGCUAA